AUGACCCGUGCCAACACAAACAUCAUGUGGUUUUGCUCAAUGAAGUGGCUCGACACCAAAAGCUUGAGGGCCUGUGAUGAUGGUGAAGAUGGCGGUGGUGGACGGACGUGGUCUCAAAAGUCCCGCUUUCGGGGUGGACGGAGACGGACGAACCAUUGGACUGCUCGUUCUUCUUUUCCUGAUGUUGCUCUGCACCCCGGAAUCGCGAAAUUGGAAGCGUCACCAGUGUGCUCGAGUCGUCGGAACCCCUGCCCAAAAGGAAACAUGCGACCUGCGGGUUGCUCUCCACCCUGGACCAAACCCCCCUGUCAGCAGUGGCGUCCCAAGAAGCUGAGAAAGCGGGUGCCGAGCCCGCCAAGAGAUAGGCUUCUUAUCUUGAAUUCGGGAUCCAAUCAGAGAGCGCGGGAUUUCACAAGGGAAACAGUCAAAGACAACAUCACCUCGAAAGCACCCAGAUACACACCCCAAUCGCCAACAGCAGCAGAGGGAAGCGAAUGCCCGUAUUGA